GGUUACUCUUUUUAUGUUUUCCCGUUUUUCCUGCUGCUGGCGUUUGAUCGGCCGCGGAUUUUCGGACCAGGAAAAGGAAAAAUUUGCCAACAGGAAAAGUUGCAUUUACUUAGGCAAAUUGCUUUCCUCGGCAGGUCCUUGAUCGACCGGGAGGUAGGGUGAUUAUAGUAAUCAAACUAUUUCUCCAUCACAAUCGGAAAAGUGUUCGCGCUUUGAAUCUAUGAAGUGAGAUCUCUGUGUGCGGGGUUUUCACCGAUAUCUGGUUGCUGUCAAUUGUAUGUGCUAAAGUACCCGGAUAAGGUUUUUAUUUUGAGAAAAUGACCACCUACGCAACCGAUAGCCAAGGAAAGUUUAUUCCGGCUACGCAACGGCCAGACGGCACUUGGCGUAAGCCAAGACGCAUACGUGAUGGGUAUGUUCCACAGGAAGAAGUUCCUUUGUACGAAAGCAAAGGGAAGCUUUUCGCUCAGAAACCUACUCUACCACCAGGUUUACCACCGGAGAUGGCUCACAAAGCAAAGGAAAAACGUGAAAAAGCCGAGCGAAUCAAGCAGCAACGAGAAGCCGACGCUUCUCGACGCGCCGCUCAAAAUUCCAUCCCAGGUUUGUUGGUUCUACAGCACGAUGAUAACAAAAUGUAUCAGCAGCAGCAACAUCAAAGGUCACGAGCGGUUAAUUCUAAACCGAAAAAGAAAACUGUCGAGCUACCUGAUGUCCUUCUGGAACAAAAACAGAAGGAGGAACCAUGCCGUGCUCGUCCGCAGCAAGUGCAGGAUCAAAAGCACGGAAGAUCUAAGCAACAGCACCUGAACGAUGUAACAAAAGCCAUGGGUGAUCUGCAAAUGACAGGCCUCAGUGACGGCCAAUCUUCUGAUCUCAGCAAAAAAUUGCGCAAGCUGCGAAAGAAAAUUCGCGAAAUCGAAGUAAUUGAGGAACGGUUACGAUCGAACGAAUGUCCGCAUCCGGAUAAAGAUCAAAUUGAAAAGGCCAAGCGGAAACCGGAAAUCUUGAAAGAGAUUGAAGAGCUAGAACGAAGCAUGCCAAAAUGAUGACAAGCCGCAGCAUCUGCUGCGACAGCCAACGCUGCCACCGCCGCUGCUAUAAGCUCCAGCACCACAACUGCCACUCCAGUUUCCGUCGCUUUCAACGCGAAGAAAAAGGAGUGACAUUUGCCGCGUGCAAGGAGAUAUGCUGCAUACAAACAUAAACCCAGUUAGGGAAACUAUUAGGGACACGCAAUUUUAUCCUGAAGUGUGAGAUAAUUUUACCAGCCGUUUCUUUUCCUUCUAGUAGAACUGAACUUGUAUCUCAGCAGUUGAAAUUUUUUUGUUAAAUAGUUUAAACAUUCUCUCAGUUAAUAUUUGGUCUUUAAAAAUUCUUUUUUUUUUCACUACAACAAAAAGCUGAUGAAUGUUUUAAACAAUUGUAAAUGGAAUUUUAUUGGUAAAUUUAUGUAAGAAUGAUCUAAGCAGCAAAGUUUAGCGAGCAUAUACAAGUAUAGAAUAUAGUUCGGAACACUACCCAUUAAGCGCAGCGACGGCUUUUAAACAGGGUGUGCUUGGAACACCACAAAUAGAGUUUAGCACAGUAGUCUCGCCAUAGAACAGCAUCAGAAUCGAAAUCAGUUUCGUUACCCAUCCAAGUUUAUAUUUUGUUCAUUUUAGAACAUAUUUAACCAAGUUUUUUUUUCUCAAGUCACCGUCGUAUCCAGAUAAACUUCCAAUCGUUUCCAUUAAGUGCAGUGCAACCGUUCCGUAGUUGCAGUAAAAAUCGUUGGGCUACCAACAAACUGAAUUUAUGAACUCUAUACAAGCGAAAAGCACGUUGAACUAAAAUGAUCGUGUGAUGAUGUAGUAAAUAGAUUGAAAACAAAAACCUACACCACUAGAGUAAAUAGCGGUAAAUGGCAAAUAAACCGAUUAAUGUUUAACAGUUGUUGACAGCAACAAUAAAGCAUACAUAAUUAUAAACAUAAGUGAAUGAUGGCAGUCAAAAUAAAAAAAAAGUCGAUAUAUUCGAUAUUA